AUGGCGGUGACCACACCAAACCAAGACUGGGUUCCUGCUCACCCUGUGGAGCGUACGGUCGUCCGCACGUACCAAGACGGCCUUUGGGGCGAACACGAGUAUUCACGAUGGCCCCAGCCUCUCGUGCGCAACAUGUGGCACAUCUCCUGCAUACCCUCACCCCGCAGUCCACAACCAGAGGUACCCCCCGUUCUCUGGCAUUCUCUGCUCGCGUCCCGCGAUUGGAACGAAGACCCUUCCGUUGGUGUUCCUGGGCUGGGCUUUCUGGACGCGGUUCUGCGCAACAACCUCCAGCGGGGAGCGCUGUACGCCACAACGGCGUACCAACAAUCAACCGGGCCUUCCUCUCGGUUUCGAUCGUACGGAGAUCAGCUCUGUCUCGUGAUCGUGCAAUGCGUGGACCGGAUGAAUCGGUUGCCGUCAUACGCUCCUGUCGCCGUCGCCGUCGGCGCGCACAUCCAGCGGGUCGGCCUCGAGCUCCUCGGACUUCGCACUUACAUCAGCCAGGUCCUGACCCGAAUCGAUUCCACCCAAGACUUCAGCACAUCGGUCCUCCCCGUCCUUGGCGUCUUCGCGCGCGACGGCGCCACUGUGCAGCUGGCGACUAGAAUCGGCCUGCCAGUUUGGUUCUUACAGCCGAUUACGCGCCAGCUCAAAGUAUGGAAGAUUGUCGCCGCGACGUCUGCUUACUUCCUCUCCGCGAAGGAGACCGACCCUCCGAUGCGACAUCACCCCGACGAACUUGGAGCGGUGGCGAACCUUACCAGCAGCUGGGUAUCCAACAUGGUGUUCGCUGUGAGCGGACAGCUCUGCACCAGUCGCUUGCCUCCUAUGGCUCAAGAUGCCUCGGCAGAGGCCACCCAGCGGCCCCUCAAGUCUAGGCGCAUCGAACUCACAGAGAUCGCCUCACAAGGUAGCCCCGUCUCAACAUUGGCGGAGGCCGCUUCCGGAGAGACCGCUUCGGGCGCCGCGCUAUCGCCCGAAGAGCGGCAUCCCUCCCGAUGUUUCGCACCUCCCGCUUUCGUAACAGUCCCCGAGCCCUGGGAGGCUGCGUUGCGCGCGGUUAGCCCUCUCGCGCAACCUCGACAAUCCGUACAUUAUUUCUUUCCACCUCCCUUCCUCCUGGACUCCGUGUCCGAUGUCGCACUCCACCAAUACCUCCAUAAUGCGGUGCGCAUCCGAGACUUCUGCAAGCUCCGACUGCUUGAUCCGGCCGUGUCUGGGGAGCCCCUCACCAUCGCAGAGUGGCGCGCCGCGUUAUGGGGAGUUUAUGAGGUCAAGCAGGCCCCUGUCGACGGCUCCGAUCGGCGACUCAAGCGCAAGAUCGAGGACAAGAACGGCGUCGCGCGACUCUUUGGCCAGGGUGCGGCCCUCAACUCCUACAGCGCGGCGGCGGAGGACAACCUGCAGGGCCUCGUCGUCACUGCUGAGGUCGCCGCGACUGACGUUCGCGUUUGUCGUUUCCUCAUGUGGGAGUGUCACGAGGUCAACUUCCGCUGUGAACUGAACGCACUAGACUGUGCCCUCGUCCCGCGGGGCGGCAUGUCGGUGAUGGAACGAUGGGGAAGGGAGUCCUUCAUCUCCGGUGUGUGGGGCAAAGACGCGUUGAUCGCGAGCGUCAUUCCGGCGCCCUGGCAGGACCCUUUCCUGUGGCCCUCCUCGCGCAACGAAGAAUGGCAGCACGCAAUUCCUCACUUACGAAGGUUCCUCGCAGUCGUGUCGCAAUGGCCAGGUUGUAGUGAAGAACUGCGCUCGAUGCGGAAGGUGGAGGUUUGGGGUCCCGAAGAGAUCGACUUCGUUCAGCGUGAGGUGGCUCUCCUGUACGUUUCGCAGUUCUCCUCUCGCUUCGGUCGUCUCCCCAUACCCCCAAUACUAUACCAUGGACUGUAG